CAAACGCACCCAUCGGCAUCCGCAAACAGAGCUUCGCCAGCUUGCCAGCCAGCCAGCCAUCUAGACUCACCAUUUGACCUCAGCCUUCCAUCAUCUCCCAGGAGAUUCAUGAACAUACACUUUCCGCGGUCUCACACACGCGACGAAGCCUCCUCGGCUUGUCAUUCGCUGGAGGAAACAGUCUAGUGCGAGUCUUUGAGCUCCCUCCCGCACCCACCAUGUCGUCGGCAUUGCGAGUGCAAAUUGGCACCUUCAACUACAAUCUCCAGGGAACAUCAGCCUACGCACCAGACCUCUCGCCAUGGUUGGUACCGACGCUGUCUGAAAGGUCGUCGCAGUACAAUGCGAGCAAUCCAUCCGAAGGCAGACCUGCGCCCGACUUCUACGCAGUCGGCUUCCAGGAGCUAUUGCCGUUAGAUUUGGGCUUUGCUGGAAAGGCGACGCAGGCGCUGUCGUCUACCGAUACUGCCAUUCGACGUGCUAUUCGCCCGCAGAGCGCCACGACUCGGAGUGACGGCAAGUAUCCUCCCGGGGGUGGACCCGAGAACUACGCCCUCGUAGCUCGCGUUCAGCUUGUCAGCAUUGUUCUCUACGUGUAUGCGCGCGAACGAGUCGAUGCGGGCUCGCAUGCCCCCAGUAUCGCCCAGCGCGUCAAGGAAGUGAGGACGAGCACAGCAGCUUUUGGGUUGCUGGGUCUCAUGGGCAACAAGGGAGCGACUGGAGUGCGCGUGGUUCUAGCAGGGGCGACACCGGGUUCACCGGACGAGGUGCUCACCUUUGUGUGCGCCCAUCUUACCGCUCACGAUCACAACGUUGCCAAAAGGAACGCGGACUGGCGGAACAUCGUCCAGCGACUGGUCUUUGCUCCAGACGCCGUCCAAGGUCUACCGUCCAGCUCACCCAGCGGUCCGCAAGGAGGUGGAAGAGCGGGAGAUGCCAAUCCUGACGUUGAUGCUCUCUCCAAGCAGUAUCAAGCGGAGAAGGAGAGCAGCGCCAAGAGGAGCGCCGAAAAGGCCACAGCGCUUGAUCAGCAAGAUCACAGCAUCUACGACACUUCUCAUCUCUUCGUGUUCGGUGAUCUGAACUAUCGCAUCGCAUUCAACACAAAGCCUGCCGCCCACUUGAAGGCGGACGGCGAGGCUUUGAAGAAGAGCGACAUCAAGCGCAAAGUCCAGCAAGCCGAUUGGCGCACUCUGGCAGCGUACGAUCAGCUCUCUCUCGAGCACCGACACCCUAGUGGAUCUCGCGUCUUUCAAGGACUCGUGGAGCCUCACCUUCCCACUGCUGGCUUUGGUCCCACGUACAAAUUCAAAGUGGACAAGAGCAAACGCGGCAAGAAUGCUGCGCAAGGUGACAUCGAUGCCGACGAGAAGAGCUCGCAAGGCGCAGCUGCUCAGCCUGCUCAGCCGCAAGAGCUGAGCGGCAAGCGCGUUCCCGGCUGGACUGAUCGCAUCCUUUGGCUCAGCUUGGGUACCGCAGCGGACGAGAAGACGAGCGAUGCGAGCUCCCUUCACGGCGUACAGACCGAGCUGUACAGGAGUAUCAUGAGCUACACUCACUCCGACCACAAACCGGUCACCGCAAUCCUGCGAUUGCCAUCGCCUUCGCGGCUAGCACCAGGAGGCGAGGCAGCUCUGCAGCCGCUCAAAGCGCCUUACCCCAUCGACGGUGCAUGGCGGACAAAGAGGCUGAUCGGACAGACGCUGGACUCCUUGCUCGGUCUCGUUUGGUCCUCGCUCAUUGCCGCGGGAGCCGGAAGCCUCGUCACGGGGCUCUUAGAGCUGGCCGUCAUCGUUGCGUUGUCCGCUUACUGGUUGUCUGCUGGCGGAGGAUCACGCGGAGAUUUGGGUUGGAUACUGGGAGGCUUCGCAAAGUGACGAAAAGGGCGGAAAGCAGACGUCGCGCGAAUACAUCCUUAUCGAAACAGAUGAAAGCGUGAAGGACAAAGUUCGAGAUGGUAUGUGAUUAGGUGAGGAAUGCAUGGUUGGAGGAAUCACAUGAGGUGCCAAGUCUGAUCUAGCAGACUCUUUUGAGAGGUCGAACGAAGAAGCAUCCACGACCAAGCCACGACCGCAU